GAAAAUGGAGCCCUCCUCUUCGCCGUGCCUUCUUCGGAUCCUCGAUUCCGGGAGGUGGUCGUCGUCCAUGGCGGCGGCGGCGGCGAAGGGGCGGCGCGGGGUGCUGGACCUGGAGGCGCAGUUCGCCUUCUUCCGGUCGCAGCACCGGCACCCGGUCAACGCCGCGGCGCACGCGCUGCUCGCCUGGCCCAUCCUCUUCACCAACCUCCUCCUCCUCCACUUCCUGCCGUCCCCGCCGCCUCUCGACCCGGCGCUCGCGCUCGCCCUCGCCUACGCCGCCGCCUACGUCGCCGCCGACCGCCGCGCCGGCUCGCUCGCGGGCAUCCUCCUCCUCGCCGGAUGGGCCGCCAGCCGCGCCCUCGCCGCCUGCCUCGGCCUCGCGCUCGCCUGCAAGGUCGCGCUCCCCACGCAGCUCUUCUGCUGGACGUGGCAGUUCCUCGGCCAUGGCCUCUUCGAGAGGAGAGGGCCAGGUGUGAGUGACCUCCCCGAGGUGUUCUUGAUGGAGCCGUUCCUCAUCUUGUUGCAGAUACUCAACAAGCAGUUUGGCUAUGAGCCAUACCCUGGAUUCAGCAAGAAUGUGGACAAAAAGCUAGAGACUUAUCUCAGGGAGAGCAGACACCUCGAGCACAGGAAGGUCACCUGAUUGAUUUUGACCCAGAAUCAGUUCCAGCUACGAGAGCAAUCUUCGUUAUACAUGCACUAGAGAGCAUUAGCAUCAUGUUUCCUUCCAUCACGCUGUUCAUUUAGUCAUGCAGUUUUGUUUGAAGCUUCCACUGCCGAUUGCUAGGAACAAAGGUGCAGACAGAUACAUAUUCAGAUUUGCCGCGCCAAAUGUUCACAUAUAGUAGCUGAUAAUUCUUCUGCAGAGCAUUUCGUUAGACAACCGAGGAACUCUAGCUGCAUUCCUCUCGAUCUCAUUCCAGCAUUCGUUCUGAAUUUUCUGAUUGUAUCGUCUUGUCUGUAUGAGUGAUCGAUGUGUAUGUAAAUCAAUUAGCUGGUGCGGUACCACUAUGUAAAAACCCUAUUCAUCAGUAACUUCUUUUUUUUUUGGGUGAUUUCAUAAUAUGAGUU